CAGCAAUGCUGAGUGACAAUAACUCUGGGAAGCUGAAAAGUGAUUGUUCACCUCCUGUGCAAUGGUGUAAGGUGGCUGCACAUAAAGAUGAGAAGACCAAGCAGGUUUUUAAAAGGUACUCGCAAACUUCUUGCACUGUUUGUGGUUGGAGGAUGCUUCCUUUAUAUCCUCAAAUUACAUUUUGGCCCUGAAGAAUGUGACAGAACAAAAAUGCCAUAUGUGGACCUCAAUCGUGUAAGGAGAGCACAACAGUAUGCCAGCGCCGCAUUGCAGGAACAGUGCCGGCCUUCUUAUGUGAAGAAAGAAAUGGGGAAGUUAUUUGCAGAGAAAUAUAGCAUGGACCUAUCUCCCUUUGUAAGAAAAAAUAUAAAUGAAGAUGAAGGCUUAUUUAAGUAUGAACCUCCUUUUGGAUUUCACAAGUUUGUUGAUAAGCUUAAAAAUCUCCUUGAACUCUUACCUGAGCAUGAUUUACCAGAAGAUUUAAAGUUGAAACACUGUAAGCGUUGUGUUGUUGUUGGCAGUGGUGGAAUUCUUCAUGGAUCAGAGCUGGGUCACUUAUUGAAUCAGUUUGAUAUUGUUAUAAGGUUAAAUGAUGCACCAGUGCAAGGAUACACAGAUCAUGUUGGUAACAAAACUACUAUACGGAUGACUUACCCGGAAGGAGCCCCUCUUUCUGAACACGAGUAUCCUCCUGCUAGCUUGUUUGUGGCUGUUUUGUUUAAAAGUGUUGAUUUCAAUUGGCUUGAAGCAAUAGUAAAAAAUGAAACCUUGCCUCUGUGGGUGCGACUCUUCUUUUGGAAGGAGGUUGCUGAGAAAAUUCCUCUUACAUCAAAGCAGUUUCGGAUUCUGAAUCCAGUCAUCAUCAAAGAGACAGCUUUGGACAUUCUGCAGUUCCCUGAACCUCGAUCAAAAUUCUGGGGCUGGGAUAAGAAUGUACCUACAAUUGGGGUCACAGCAGUUGUUCUGGCCACGCAUUUAUGUGAUGAAGUGAGCUUAGCAGGAUUUGGAUAUGACCUCGAUCAGCCCAGCACACCUUUGCACUAUUACAACAACCUCUGCAUGGCUGCCAUGAACGGACAAACUAUGCACAAUGUGACGAGUGAAACAAAAUUCCUGCAAAAACUGAUCAAAGAAAAAGUUGUCAAAGACCUUACUGGUGGGAUACAUUGUGAAUUCUGCAGCAAAGACAGCCAGUGAUUGAAGUGCAGCAUGGUUUGGAUUUGUUAAAUUUCCAGAGGUUCAGCUGGAACAACGUU